AUGGCGGAUAUCGCCGGAAACUCGUCGGAGCCGCCGUCGCCGCUUUCUGCGGGAUUCUCGGAACAGCGCGGAGGGGUGCCUUCUCUCACGCAUCCAAGUUGCCCUCGACAGAGAGAAGACACUGAGAGCGACGUGUCUCCUUCUUCCCCCUGCUCACCGGCGCACGCUUCGCCCUCCUCGCGCGCCCUCGUGCCGCCGCUGAAUACAGCCUUCGCCGUGCCUCCUCAACCUGCGCUGCUCGCUGCCUCGCCCAUCGACAGCAACGCAGGGCGCUUUCGGGCGCGGCCUGUCGUCCCCCAGCUCCGACUGGGGCUCCCGAGUGCUUCUUCGCCCCAGGCGGCGGAAGGCGCCGCGUCCCCUGCGAGCUCGCGCGCCUCGCCGUCCUGCGCCUCCAGCGGUCCGACUAGCGACGGCACGUCUCCCUGCAACUCCCCGCAGACGGCCGCCGCCGCGCAGGCGCGUGAGGUGCCCCCGAGGGACGCUCAGGGGCAGCACACGAGCAGCGAGCGGCAACAAGACACCUGGUCUUCGACGUCCUCUGAUCGCUGCCCGCCGAUGUCGCCUUCCAAGCGAAGGUGCGACGAGAGUCCGUGCGCAUCGCCGUCGUCUCUGAGGGCGCUUCCCGCCCCAGUGGUGUGGUGGAGUCUCCCUCUGGUGAACUCGCCCUUGGGCCCCCAGCUCUCGAGUCGCUCUGCGCCGCAGAGUCCGUCCUUCCGUCGCGCCUGUCUGCCGCGCGGGGAAGAGGCCGUUUCGGGUUGCUUUCCCUCGUAUCCGCGCGACGUCGCCGCAGAAGACGAGCCCAGCGACGACGCAGACUGCGCCUACACAGCGAUCACGACAGCUUUCCACGACCAAAUAAGGUUCUUGGCGGCUUCCUCGCCUGCGCUUCUUGCGGCCGUAGACCAAGUCGCAGAAUCCGCGGUGCUUUGCCGGUUAGAGCCUGUCGCUGCAGGAGCUGGCGUCCAGCGCACGCCCGCGUACCUUUCGUCUCUCCGCCGUCAGCACGCACUUGUUCUCCUCACGCCUUCGCCCCAACCCGAGGCCUUCUCAAUUCAGAAUCUGCUUCAGACCUUUUCACCGGGUUCUGGUUCACAGCUCGACGCAGGACUGGUGGAGAGUCUGAGAGAGCAACUGGCGUCUCAGGAGCAGCGCUUUGAGGACUUGUUCGCCAAAGACAUCUCUCAGGGGGAGCUGCGGCGAGAUCUGUGGCGCACCCAGCUCCUCGAGAUGCAGCACAAGAGCCAGCUCCGGAAGCAGACGGAGAAAAUCUGCAAAGCUGUAGACCUCUGUGCGUCGCUGGCUUCUGCGCUCUCCGGGGAUUCCUUGACUUCCGCUGGCGCGCCCAGUCCACAGAGGGACAGAGCAGCGCCUCCGGCCUCACCGGGCACUGUUGCUGAGCUCUGUUCUGGCCUUCUCUGUCUCCUUCGAGAAGCGGCUGCCCUGGGGCAAGGAGCCAGCGCCCAACCCGCGAGUAACGGCAGCGCUCCGGCGGCCAGGGAGGACUUCGGAGGCUUCCAGGCCUCUGGGCUGCGGGACGUGCCGCCGCGCCUGGGCGCCUUGAGAGAGGAGGGAAGCAGCGGCGCACGCCACGUCUCUUCAAUCGGUUUCCCGUCGCCUUUGCGUCGCGAGGAAGCCGGCGCAGAGUUUCCCUUCUCGCCGUCGUCCGCAGCUUCUCGUCCGUCGCCCCCAGGAUCGGGGCUGCCGAGCGAGUCGUCUGCGAACGGGGGCUUGGCUCGGCCGCUGAACAGCGGGCGACAGGGGAAAGAACUGAGUCUGAGCGCACGCAUGCAGACGCAGCAGGCGGUGUCGCGCGUCCCGCCGCUCUUCCGUCCGGGGGAGGCCUCUCGAAUGGGCGCAGCUGGCGGAGGCGCCGGCCUGCCACUGAGCCUCGCGAGCCCCGCACGCAGUGGGGGGGGUCGCGACACGGGGGAACUGAGUCGCCGCAGCUUGAGCAGUUUCAGCUGCAGCAGCUACUGCAGCAGCCGAAGCAACCUCACGACGCACCGAGGCAACAACAGCGGCGACGAGGGCUCUGGUCCGCCCUCUGGAAGGGGCCGCGUGUCCUCGGGGAUCCCCACUGCGUUUCUGUCCAAAUGGAAAGGCCGGCCUGCCUUCGUGCCGCGCCUGAAUUUGACUGGUGACGAUAGCGAUGAAGAGGAGGAGGAAGGGGACAUGGAAGACGCGCAGAUGGGUGCGCCUGCGGCAGACGCACACGGCGGAGGGGUCGACGGCGCGCCCGUGCAGGAACAGGCGCGCGAAUGCAGUGCGGAUUCGAUUCACGAGUCGGGCUUUGAGAUGAGAGAUGCAGGAGUGCCUCAGAGGGUCGGGCAAGCAGGGCGGCUUGAAAGCGACAUGCGGCACCAAGCUGCUGAAAGCGAGCGAGUCUGCCCGGUGUCGACGCCUCUCGCUGGCCCCGGGGGAGCCCGCCUGAGUGCACGGGAAAAGGAAGGAAACGAGGCUGGUCUGGGCUCUUCGGACUCGGCGCUCUCUUCGCCGUUCCCGGCUGCCGGCCUCUCUUUUCCUUCCGCUCUUCCGCAGUCUCCGUCUGCCUCUUCUGCAGCGGCGCCUUCUUCGCUGGAAACGAGGUCAGCAGGCGAGCAUGUCGCUGUGGGCCGCCGCGAGCAUCUAAGCUUGGGGAAGGCGAACCGGGAGAAGAUCGAGGAGGCAUUCCUUCUUCAGCAGCAGCUCGCUCAGGCGAGGGGCACUCUCUCGGGGCAUCAAGGCGCUGCUGAGUGCCCGUCUGCCUCUGGAGGACCUCUCGGCGCAGGGCAGGGUUCUGUUGGUGUGUCUCCUCCGCUGCCGUCCCUCCAGCCGCUCGACGUCGAUUUAGAUUCCACGGGGGCUGGUCCAUGCGUGAGCGAGGAAGAUGAAAAGCAGGUGAGCGUUUUGGUUUCUUCAUCCAGCGAGAGUUUCGAAGGUGCGGAUGGUGGGAGUCGAUUCGGUUUCAGCGUCGCCGUCUCUUCCACAGAGCGGAGCUGCGGCGCGGGCCUUUCCGGAGGCCCGACCAGCAGCACCUGCAACGCAGACAACGACCGCAGGAAUCUUUUUGGCAGCCGACAAAACAUCGCCCUGAAUCCCUCCAGCGGCUCUCUCGCUCCGGCGAGGGGGGUCACGCUCUUCGCAGCCCCCGGGCACGAGGCUGCGCAGGCGAGCCCUCGAGGAGAGCGACAGCAAGGGGGACAAGAGAAAGGCAGAGGCGCGGGAGGAAACGAGAAGGCGGAAGGGAGCCGACGCGGCCAGCCUCUGAUUCCUCGCCUGGCUUUAGGAGAGACUUCCGCCCGAGCGAGGGAGCCAGCACGACGAGGGGAAGGCGCGGAGACCCGAGGCGUGCCCCCCCGCGUGGAAGGGCAGCCCGGGGAUGCGCCCGUCUCGUCUCACGCGGAAACCCGGCUGCCUGCAGAAGAAACGGGGAACCCGCCGGGAGGAGCGGAGGAUCGAGACGCUGCCAUGGGCGAACUCGCGAGUGACCGCCGGGAGGUCCCAGUGCCUCAGACUCAGGGAGAGUCGUGUGAUCCUCUUUCUCCGGUGCUGUCUGCGGCAGCGAGUCGGACGUGGCGGCCCAAACUGCCGCCUCUCACCCCAACAGCCGGGAGGGGUUCAUUGUCUUCCGGCACUGGGGGGUCCGCACGCAGGCCUCGAAGAGACCGGCGGGGGAGCGCCGCACGAAACAGCACAGAAACGCCCAGGUCGCCCUCUGUCUCCGUGUCGUCUUCUUCGGUCUCGUCGCCAUCGGUCGCAGAGAUACGUAGGGCCUUCGAAAACCGGCAAGUGUGGAGCGGCUCGUCUGGUGGGGCGCCACCCACUCCUGUGCCCUCUCCAGGCCGAGCCCGACUCCCUGCAGGCUCGCCAGGCUUUCGGGGGGUGGACUCCAAGACCCCGCGCAGUGGCUGCUCUUCUGCGCGAUCUCGGGGCUGCUCCUUGUCCUUUUCUCUCGAGGGGGGAAGCUUCCCCGGGCGUGCCCCCUCGUCCUGGCCCUCGGGGGCCGAUUUGACCGCCGACGAGGGUGUCCCCAAGCCGCAGGGUGGGCUGGAGCCCAACGUGGUCGCGCCCAGGGGUAGCGGGCGCCCGCGUGCAGUGCCCCGACUGGUGGGUCUGGGAGGAGGAGACGACUCGAGGCGGCAAAGGCUGCCCUCGUCUCCCGGCGGCGGACUCGCGGAGGAGAUCGUCCCCGCGUUCUCGCGCACCUCGCUUUUCCCGUCUCCACACUCCCACGCCGGUGGCGACAAGCGCAACGGGAGUCGCGUGACCGAUUACAGGGGGAGAAGAGCGGACUCAGGAGCGGACCCGGCCUGCGACGAUCAGGGCGAAGGGCCUUUGGAAGGACGGCGAGCGUUGUCGCCCAGGUCUGAUUUUUCCGGCGCAGGAGGCCCCCACAGUCGCCCGAGCAGUCGAGGCAGUCGCGGGGGAGCCCGGAGGGGGAAGGGGGGGCGGGGGCCGUACCCUGAUUCGCCUUGUUCUCGAGAAGGGCGACUCUCCUCUUCGCGAGGCUCCUACUCCCCGCCUUCCAGCCCUUCGGCGUUGUUCCAGAGUCAGUCUCAGCAGCCGCGCCAAGGCGCGGGCCAGACCAGCCAGCGCAGCGGCGGACGCGGGGGGCGCAGGGCUGGAGGGGCGAGAGCCGCCUCCACGUCGCCCUCGAGCGCGCAGUCGGGACAGGCGCCGCCGGUUGGGGACGGCAGCCGCAGUCAGCGAGGAGAGGACACAAGCGCCGGCAACGCGAGCACUCCACUGGCUUUCCCGGCGCGUGUGGUCCUCAUCUACGAGGACUGGUCGGGCUCGGCGACUUCUCACUCCGUCAGUGGUGAGCAUGCCCUCCGCGACGCACACCAGCAAAGUGAAGAGCUGCGCUGCCUGGGCGUCGAUCCGACGCUAGUUUUGCCGCGCCGCACCGCGGGUGUACCCCCGGACGCGAAGCACCCCAAUUUCCCGCACGUUCUUGACCUCGAUUUCGCCAGCGGUGACGCCGAGGGCUUUGUCGGGGCGGCAGACCUGAUGGCAGAGGCGGCGAAGCUCGCGCAGCGCCGAGAGGAGCCCUCAGAGAGAAAGCCAGUGUCUCUUGCGUCUUGUGGCCUCACAGGCGAGCGCGCCGGGAAGUCUGUGGAAGGCGCGUCUGUGUCUCCAUUGGAGUCUGGCAAACCUCCGCGCGUGCCGCGGCUUCUGCUUCCCGCCCUCUCCACAGGGGGGGGCCCUUGCGACCCGAAGCGGCCGCCGCUCGCGCAGUGGGAUGAGCGGUUGCCUGCUGGCGGCUGCGGUGAGGAGGGCGGGGCGCUGGACCAUGCCCCGUGGCUGCUGGACGGCGACACAACGGCGGAGGAAGAAAGCGCACGCGCUUCCUCUCAGCCGAGUGUGCACGAAGACGGCCGCGUCGUCGACCCUCUUCAGGCGGUGUCUGCUGUCGCUGUGGGUGCUGAGAAGAACCGGCCUCAACCGCCGGCUGUAGACAACACUGCCGCGGCGGGGCCUGCGAGUCUCCGGUCUUUGGCCGUCGACGUGAGCGACUUUAUCCUCUCUGUGGGUUUCGAGGCCCGCGCGGGAGCCGAGGGGGGCUGCGACCGGGAAGAGUCGCUCGACGGCCUCCUCACCACGACUGCGCCGGGCGCUAUGGUUGAUGGUUCAAGCUUCGAUAACCUGGUUUCCGAGUCGGCCUCUCCUGUCUCCGCGCCCCUUGUGUGGCACGCUCCAGAGGCUGGCGCUCAGGUCUGGAAAACGCCUGGCGUCCGAGCGACGAAGAGAGAAAAAGAAGGGUUGGAGAAGGGAGAAGAUAGUGGGAAGCAUCCGGGGCCCUCUGGAGUCCCGAACGACCAGCCGGCACGAGAAGGGGAACCCCAGCCGCGUCUGCCUCAGGAAUCAAAACUAGCCGAGCGAACCAACUUACCGCAACAGCGAACUGAUUCUUCGCUAACGACUGUCCACGAAGGACGACAGCAGGUGGCUAGCACGGAAGAGACUGCGAGGGGAUUGGUGGGGCCAGGCGUCGGAGGUGUCUCUCCCGGGACUCCGCAGGAUCGCGCAUGGGAGGAGCCUCCUUCAUCAGGUCGGCAGGUUGCCGUCGAGGCCGAGGGAGCCCAAACGGAGGCGCAGAGAUUUCGCGCGACCGCAGCUUCUGUGGGGCUCGUGCCCAAUCGAGUGGAGGAAUCGAACGCCCGAGGAGUCUCGUCGGCAGCUCUGCUCUCAGCUCUGCUCAAUCCGUUAUUCAGCCCGCUUCCCGCGGAUCUGCGCCUCUUGCUCUCCAGCGGCAGCGAGUCCAGCAGUGGGAUUAGCACAGCGGUGGCUUCAGAGUCGGCGAGUCUCUCGUUUCCUCUCCCGGGCGACUACUCUGGAGAAGGCACCGCCCCGUCUGUCUACGCCGUUCCCACUCUCUCCUCUGAGCAAGCGCCGGCGCCCGUCUCCGCCUUUGCCGCGUUCUCAGCGGCCCUUGCGCGAGAUCAGAGUCGCGGUGGCGCCCCCGUCCCCUCUUUGGUUACGGGCCAGCCGCCCCUUCAGGCGACCCCGCCCCCUCCUGUCUCCGGGCCUUUCCAGUCGGCGACCGUCGCUGUACGGCUCGGGUCGGCUGGCGAGGUCCCACGCCAUGUGUAUCAUCUGCAGGGUGGCGGCGCGGCGCAAGCUGUCUGCGCAGAUGGGGGCGUUGGAAGGAGGCAGCGCCUUCCCGUCGUCGAGGACCCGCUCCUUCGAGGCGCCCGUCUUUGGCAACUUCAAGCUCCAGCGCAGCGGCCGCAGAUGUCGCGGCCGCCCAGCAGCAGGGGACCGCAGAUGUCUGUGUCGGCCGAGCGAGGCGGCGCGCAGCCCUCGCGGGAGGCUUCGAACCCUCUCGCAGGCUCAGGCGCGCGGUGGGAGCUCUUGUGCGUGCGCGGGCCCCUGGCGGCACCCGCGGGCGCGCAGGGCCCCGUGAGGGCACUUCGGGGGGCGCCCAGACCCGUUCAGUCUCCUCUCGCCACGCAUACGCCAGCAGAGCUCGGUCAUGCCGCCUCACCGCCUCACGUCUUCCACGUGGCUCCCCAGCAACUUGUACAGACUCUGCAGCAGCCACAGCCGCCCGCACGCGCCCCGAGAGCGCAUGUGAGCACGGCCGGCGGCUCGGUAGCGGACUUAGCGCCCAGAAGUGACCUCGUGGGCCAUAUGCUGCCCCCCUCGCUGGGGCUUCCCGCCCCCCGGGAGGGGACGCAGCCGAGGGGGUUGGCGGCCUCGGCGGUCGCCAGCGGCGCAGAUGCACACGUGCGCCACAGCGCCGUGCUGGCUCAAGUGUCGCAGAGCCACGUUUUUCCGCAGAUGAGAACUCAGCGGGCGCUGCAUCACCAGCAGGGGCCGGCGGCGCCGACGCACAUCUCUCAGCGGGGGAGGCAAGCCACUUUGGCGCCGCACCAGGGGGGACUGCGGGAAAGAAAGGGAGGAGGCGAGGGCGCGACGGGGCCGCGGGUGCCUUAG